GCCUUGAAGGAAGAACACCUCUUAGAGAAAAUAUUUUGAAAUAAAUCUCAGCCAGAAAAUAUCAAUAUGGGUUGUUGUGCCAGCAGUUUGAAACUCAAGGAGUUGUCCCUGGGCAACAGCAUCUAUGUGGCUUCCAGUGGCAGUCGCUCUUUGAAGCGUUUGUACAGCAGCAGGAACAGCAGCGGCCUGGGCAGCAACUCGUCUUCUGGUUCGAGUAGCCGCAGCAUUUGGAGCCGCAGCAAGACCAGCCAGCAGCCCAUUUGUGAUGACUUUGCCGAGCAGCCGGAUCAGUUGGAACGCUCUUGUGGCUACUACACCUGCAGCAGUGCCGAUUCCUCGCCUCGAAAGCAACCUCUAAUAACCCAGGAUAUGGAACGAAGUGGUAGCUCCAGCGGCUCCAGCAACUCUCCCUCGUUGGUGGGCAACCUCCAGUGGGAGAUGCACAUGAUGCAGCGGGCCCAGCGUAUCAUGCCCAAGACCUCAUCGCCCAUCAGCCAAAGGAGAGGCGCUGGUGAGUUGCCCAGCUCUUCGUACCACAAGUGGCGCAACUAUUUGCAAUCCACCCCGGCUCACAUGCUGCACAAUGUGACCCACAUACCGGAGGCCAUAGCCGGUCACUUUUGUCCCACUGGAUUUCCCGGCUACACGGAUCUCGAGGAGAUGGAGAGUGCGGCCAAGCGGUUCAAGGUGGACAUACACAUGGCACAGGAGGAGGAGGAGGAGUUGGAGUUGGAGGAGCCGCUGUACACCACCUCGCAGCUGCUGGCGGGGCACACGCACACCAUAACCACAGACCUGUAGGCGCAUAGGCUCUCUCACCUCAUCGCACCAACUCCGCCUGGUUCGGAGUGGAUCAGCGAUGAUGAUGAUGAUCUUGGGGGACUGGCAACAGGUGUGCCAGCUGUCAAACAGUUGGGCGGCGGCAAUCAAAGCAACAAUCAAUCUAACAAUCAAUCAAUCAUUGCCCAGCAAUGCCAAUCGAAGAAUCGAUUUCACAGGAAUCUAUAUAUCAUAUAUAUACAUCUCCUAUAUUGUAACUAUUAUUUUUUUUGCGCUAGAAACUAAGACUGUAUUUGAAUAAUGAAAUUAUAAUUAUAUUGUAUAAAC